AUACAAGUUAAACAAUCAAAUUAAUAUCUAGUAUUCGAGUAAUAUAACUAAAAGUUCAUCAAGAAAGAUAAUCGAGUGUUAUAAACAAUCACAAAUGUCUCAAGAAGAACCGGCUGUAAAAAGAUAUCGUAGAGAUGAAGACGACAAAAAAUCAGAUAUUGAAUCAGAAGAUGACAUUUAUACACCUUACAUUCCUGUCAAAGAGCGAAAGAAACAGCAACUUUUGAAACUUGGCAGAAUUGUUCAACUUUCUAACGAAGCAGCCAACAUUGGAAAGUCUUCAAGUGAAAAUGAGCAUGAUUCUGAUGUUAAUCAAGAGGAUCUUGGAAGAAAGUUCAACAUUUCGUUGUUAGAUCAACAUGCUGAGUUAAAAAAAAUUGCCGAGUCAAAGAAAGUAAGCGCAGUGGAAAAACAGUUGAAGGAAGAAGAAAAAAUUCUUGAAAUUGUUGCUGAAAAGAAAGCUCUUAUGGGUGUUGCUGAACUGGCAAAGGGAAUUCAAUAUGAAGACCCAAUUAAAACAAGUUGGAAGCCUCCUCGAUAUGUGCUAGCAAAACCUGACUUUGUUCAUGAAACGAUUAGACAGAAGCUGAAGAUUCUUGCUGAAGGAGAGGACAUUCCACCUCCUCUUAAAACAUUUAAAGACAUGAAGUUCCCAAAGCCGGUUCUGAUCGCUUUACAAAGACGUGGAAUUAAAAAACCUACACCCAUUCAGAUCCAAGGAAUCCCUACAGCACUUUCCGGUCGUGAUUUAAUCGGCAUUGCAUUCACCGGAAGUGGAAAAACUCUUGUUUUCGUUCUUCCUCUAGUCAUGUUUUGUCUUGAACAAGAAAUUCGACUUCCUUUCAUUCCUAAUGAAGGUCCAUACGGUUUAAUUAUUUGUCCAUCACGAGAGCUUGCAAAACAAACUUACGACAUCAUCAAAUAUCAUUGCGGACAUUUACAACAAGCUGGAUUUCCGGAAAUACGUUCUGCUUUGGCGAUUGGUGGGACACCUGUUAAUGAGACAAUGUCAGUUGUUAAUCAUGGCAUUCACAUUCUCGUUGCAACACCAGGAAGAUUAAUGGACAUGUUGGACAAGAAAAUGAUCAAACUUGACAUUUGCAGAUAUCUUUGUAUGGAUGAAGCUGAUCGAAUGAUUGACAUGGGAUUCGAAGAAGACAUCAGAACAAUAUUCUCAUAUUUUAAAGGACAGCGUCAGACUCUUCUCUUCUCUGCUACGAUGCCUAAAAAGAUUCAAAAUUUUGCUAAAUCUGCUUUGGUGAAACCUAUAACGAUUAAUGUAGGAAGAGCUGGUGCAGCUUCAUUGAAUGUUACUCAAGAUGUUGAGUAUGUGAAGCAAGAAGCAAAAGUUGUUUAUUUGCUUGAUUGUCUUCAAAAAACUGCGCCACCAGUUUUGAUAUUUGCUGAAAAGAAACAAGACGUCGAUCAAAUUCAUGAAUAUUUGCUUCUGAAAGGAGUCGAAGCUGUUGCGAUUCAUGGUGGAAAAGAUCAAGAAGAACGUUCAAGAGCAGUUGAACAAUUCAGGAAUCAAGAGAAAGAUGUUCUUGUCGCUUCAGACGUUGCAAGCAAAGGCUUAGAUUUCCAGAACAUUCAACAUGUCAUCAAUUUUGAUAUGCCUGAUGAUAUUGAGAAUUAUGUUCACAGAAUUGGAAGAACUGGUCGAUCAGAAACAAAAGGAUUGGCUACGACAUUUGUUAAUAAAACAACUGAACAUUUUGUUCUUCUUGAUCUGAAACAUCUUCUCAAAGAAGCGAAACAAAAGAUUCCAACAUUCUUAGCUGAGCUUUGUUCCGAAAACGAAAAGAAUCCGGAAUUGUCUGAUGGUUGUGCAUAUUGUGGCGGUCUCGGUUUUCAGAGAGAAAUGGAAACUUCAAAUCCUCCUCAAGAUUUUUCUACUGAUCAUGACAUCGCUUCAAAGCGAUUGAAUGAAUUAAUGGUGGAAUAUUUGAAUAUCAAGAAAAUCGAACGUGAUAACAUCAUUGGUGACUUGCACUCUGAAGUUCGUAAACGUGUCUACGCUUUGAAGAAGUUGCAGUUGGAUACGAUUAAAUUGGAUGCUGAGUUUCACCGUGAAGUUUUCAACUUGGAGCAAAAAUUUCAAUGCAAACAUGAUGAAGUUUAUAAGAAGCAAAUGAAGAUCGUCAAUGGCCUUUACCAGCCAUCAGAAGAAGAAUGUAAAGUGUCAGGCUGUGAGAUCCCUCCAAGUAAUUCAGAAAACGAUUCAGAACCGCCAACUGGAAUUCCACAUUUCUGGUUCUAUGUCUUGAAGAAUGUCAAUGAACUGAAGCCAAUGAUAAAAGAUCAAGAUGAGAAGAUUCUUAAACAUCUUGUUGAUGUUCGCGCUAAUUCAAAGUCAAUACCAAAUCUUUCAUUUGAACUUGAAUUUCAUUUCGAACCUAAUAAGUUCUUUAAGAAUUCUGUUCUCACCAAAACUUAUCUUAUGAAAUGUUGUCCCGACCCAGACGAUCCUUUUUCGUUUGAAGGGCCAGAAAUUUUCAAGACAACUGGUUGUGAAAUUUUAUGGAAUCCCGGAAUGAACGUCACUGAAAACAGUGAAUAUCCUUCUGCCUUGUCAUUCUUCAAAGCAGAUUCUUUCUUUAAUUUCUUCAAUCCACCUGAAAUGAAAGCAGGCGACUCAUCAGAAGCUGAACAAAUUGAAACGUAUUUAGAAAGUGACUUCGAAGUUGGACAUUAUCUAAAAGAUCGCGUCAUUCCUCGAGCUGUUCUAUUCUUUCUCGGUGAAAUUGACGACAGCGAGAUGGACGAUGAUUCGAUUACUUUCAAUCCAGAUGUCGGUGAUUACGAAGUUGGAGAUGGAGAAACAAAUGUCGGUGACAAUUAACUUAACAAUUACAAUUUUUUCC